UCACAAACUAAGUGCUUCUAAGAACCACCCCUUAGAACCAAGGAGAACCAACCAUGAUCCAUCCCAAGAGGCUUGCCCAAUUGGCGAGGAAGUGGCAAAGGCCCAAGACAGCCACCAGAGAUGAUGAUGCAUGCUGCACUACUUCACCAGUUGCGGACAAGGGCCACUGCGCUGUGUACACGGCGGAUGGGAGGAGGUUCGAGGUCCCAUUGGUGUACCUUGGCACAAAGGUCUUCAGUGAGCUGCUGAGGAUGUCCCAGGAGGAGUUUGGGUUCACAAGUGACGGCAGGAUCACACUGCCUUGUGAUGCAGCUUUGGUGGAGUAUUUGAUGUGCUUGCUCAGAAGAAAUGCAUCAGAGGAAGUUGAGAAGGCGUUCCUGAGCUCUCUAGUGGUCCCUUGCCAUCAUUCAAGCUAUACAAUGCCACCUGUUGUGCUGCAUCAGCAAUUUGCAGUUUGCAGCUCUUAA